AUGAGUUUCUGUUGGGCCGUGAAGAUCUAUGUCAAGGAUGUCUACGCUCUAGACCGUGAAGAGAUGAUGCGACUGUUGCCUGAUUUGAUACAACACAAAGACAUCAAUCUUGAACUUCUACUUGACUUCUGCAGGUCUUUUCAUCUCAUGGAAGAAGAAGCAUUGCUGAUGUACAUCAAAAUGCAACUGUUGCCACCAGUUUCUAUGGACACUUGUAGUCAUGGUGAUGAUAUCACGGCMCCGGAUUAUGAGGUUAAGGUUAAUACAGUUGCUCCUAUGAUUCCAUCUGAAGCUUUAGUUGGACUUUUGGUCGAGGUUUGUGGAAAGAUCGAUGCAUAUGACUAUGACAGGAUCAUGUUUGUUCUUAAACUCACCAAGGAUAAUGCUCCUCCUGAUAUUGUUUCUCUUGUGGAAAAGGGUAUUCAGCUUCUUGAGUAUCUUUACAUCUAUGAAAGAAGARCUCCUCCUUCAAAGUAUGAGAGGUCCUUUACAUAUUCACGAAAUCCUGAAGACAACUCCAAGAUGACCGUGACGACAGAAAAGCCACUGUCUGAGAUGUCAAAGAAAAGGUUACCAUUUCAUCCCAUCCUUUAUGGAGAUCCUUGGAAAGUUAUUGCUGAUGAAUUAUCUGAGGAAACUGUACCCAAGCUUAUUGGAGUUGCUAAACUUUUGAAGUUGUCGCGAGAUCAGAUGUAUCUAACAGCCAUUCAGAACCUAUUCAAGUCUCCCAAAUCACAGCAGRACUUUGAUAGUUGUGAUAAUACACAGCUGAAACCAAACCUUCAAAGUGGUGAUAUGCUGGACAGAUUUGACUUUGAGAUGGCUAGAGGCUUGCUGUAUGCUGUCAAGAACAAAGAGAUGGCUAUUGCAGCAGCAAAAUGGAUCUCUCARCAAUUACCAUUAGGCGAAGAAAAGAUUAAAGUUCUAGAAGCUUGUGUAGAUCUAGCAAACGAAUGGAAAACAAACUGCCCAGCUGAUGAUGUCAAUAAGGCAAACAAGUUGUACGACCGGCUCAAAGAGCUAAGCAGGGGUGUGGCUACAGAGCAUGUGCUUCAUAAAUACAACAUUGCAGAACCAGCUCUGGUUGAUCUGGUAACCCAACCAGCAAAGCUGAUUUGUCAGCUUUAUGAAAAUUAUGGGGCAAGRGAUAUCACAACCAGGAACCAGCCCCCUGAUAUAAAUAAAGCCUCUGAUCAAAUUGCUGCCAUCAACAAUUCAAGUAUAGCAAAGAUACGGUUGUAUUUGAUUGAGAAAUGGUUACCAUCUAGACCAGUCACCGAUGAAUCAAGGUUGGAUGCUAUGAAUCAGACGCAAUUAGAUGCAGAUGAGAAGUCUGAUGAUGCUAUUAAUCUGAAAAGGGUUGUCUACAUMCUUCAAGACAGUCCACCAGAACACAGUGCCAUGUUCCUGCUCAACUUUGCUUAUACGGAAAUGUCCUCUACAAACAUAAGCUGCAGAUGCAGGUUGAGAUCAUUACAAGCAUUAUUUGCGAUCUUCCAAGAUGAUGUGAUUGAAGAAGUGGCCAAGAAAAACGUAGUCUCCAUAAGGCAAUACAUGAAAUCACUGACAUACAUGGCUGAGUUUGAAGCUCUUCACAUUCAGCAGUCCCUGAAUGCCUUCCAGAAAUGCAAUAAGGAGGGUUUGGUCAGAGGUCUCUGGCGCAAUCAUAAUCAUGAGAAAAGGGGUGUUCGUCUUAUUGCUGACUUGUGCUUGGAUAAUGAGAUUCACGAUCCCCAGUUAUGGAACAGUGUGCUGCAACAGCUACUGAGCUUUGGAAUGAUAAGAUACCUUCGUCAUGUGUUGGUUUGCCUUGCAGCAGUUUCCGAUCUUUGGCUGAUACCCUGUCUACCUAAAGUCUGGAGGAGUGUGAUCCUAGCUCC